AUGGAUGAUGCUUACUCGCAUUAAGCUUCAACUCCUCCAGAUAGAGAUCGUAAAUCCAAAUUGGAAACCAUGAGAAACGAGAAUAUGAACUAUGUUGAGUAAUCUUAAUUAGAUAGUCUAUAGCUCAAACGAUGUGAUAGUGGAAUACUACAAAAAUCAGUACCUAAUGUUAUUAUGGCUAUAGAUAAGCAAGUGGAUUGGAUCGAUAUUUUUUGGAAAUCGAAUCUUGGUUGGAAGAAGAUAAAACUCUUCACACUAAUACACCCUUAGUAUUGGAAGCAGAUGAUGGUAUAGGAAAGAAAACUCUUUUAGUAAAAUGGAUGGAAUAUCAUGCAAGGAAUAAAAAAGGAGUAAGAUUAUAUUGAAUAAUAGCGAUAUCCUGAUUUCAUAAUUCCACAUUUUGCCACUUAAUCAGGCAAAAAUAGCAAUUAUUAUUAUGCCAUCUAUAGAAUUCUAAUUAAAUUAAGAGAAGCACUCAAUAUAAAAUAAAAAGUGGAAUUACUAGAAGAGAAGUUAAGAAGAUAUUUUUAAUAUUGGUUAGAAAUUUGUAGUAGAUAAUUGGAAUAGUAAAUAAUAAAUGGAGCUAAAAUCAUAUAUGAUAAAGUAUAUAUAUUUUAUUCAUAGUGUAGGUUAUAUUAGUAUUUGAAGGAAUAGACAAUUUUAGAGAGAUAUUGGAUAUGCAUAGAGAAGCCAAUGUAAAUUUUUGGUUACCAAAAUAUUUCCCAACUAAUAUCAAAGUCAUUGUAACUGCUGAAAGAUAAUCAGCUUCAAUGAAAUUGCUUAAACCUGAUUGUUAAGUUAUACCUAUAGUAUCUGAUAAAACAGUCAUGAAAUAAACAGUCAAUCAUCAUUUAGGGAAACAUCUACUUAUUUAAGUAGUUAUAUAUUAAUUUAUAAGAAUCCUUAAAAUAUAUUGGAUAUAUUUAUUCAAUUAAGUUAUAAAGUGAGAAAUCAACCAGUUUUUGUUAGAUCUUACUUUUCUGUUUUUAUUCCAUAUCCUUCAGAAGGAGUUGUAGAAGAAUAUGAAAUUGAUUAAAGUAUUGUUGAAUAAAUAUUGCAACCACUUAAUUUGAAUCAUUUCAAAUCUAUGAAAGUAGUUGAAGAUUUAUUUGCAUUUCAAUUAGAUUACUUUUCAAAAGCUAAUAUAAUGGAAAUUACUAAAUUUAGAAAAGUUCUAUUAGUCUUAGCUUUAACAUAAAAAGGAUUGAAUUAUCCAGAAAUUGAAAGUGUUUGUAAUAUUACAAAUAAGGAAUGGAAAUUAUUUUUAGUUUUCUUUAAAGUAUAUAUAAUGAAACAUAAAGAAUUAUGGAUAAUUCAUAAUGAAAUUUUUAAAAAAGUAAUCAUAAAUACAUAUUAUAUUGAUGUUAAAGAAAUGUUAGAAUUGCAUGAUAAUAUAGCUACAACUAUUGAUAAGAUUACUCCAAAUUCUAUAAGAAAAUUAGAAGAAUAAACAUUCUAAUUAUAUAGUGCUAAAAACUAUUUCUCAUUAAAAGAAGUAAUAAGUAUCAUUGAAAAUUUUUUACUUCUUUUUAAUCCUUCAAAUAAAUAUGAUUUAUGUAGAUAUUGGUAAUCUCUUGAAGAGAAUGGUUUUGAUCCUGUUUUGGAAUACAAUAAAGCAGUAGAAGGUUUCUAAAUUCAUUAUCAUCCUUCAUCUGAAGAUAUGUUUAGAAUAAUAUUAUAAAUUUCAAGAUUUCUUAAAGAAUUUGGUGAUUUUGAAACAAGAAACACACCAAUUUUUAGACAUCCUCCAAUAAUUGGUGUAUUGAGUGAUUUGUAUGAUAUUGGAUUGUUAUAUGAAAUACUCAAAUUAGAUCUUUAUUAUGAUAAAGCACCUGAAUUAAAAGAGUUUGAUCCAGCUAAACAUUUAAAACGUGUUGCUAAACCAAAAACAGCUCCUGUAUUAUCUAAAAUGGAAUCACUCAAUGUAGAAAUACAAUAAAAUAGAUAAUUAAUCAGAACACAUUAUCUUUCAUUAUUAUCUAAACCUAUUGAGUAAACAGAAAAUGAAGAAGAACCAUCUGAAAAUGUGGAUUAAUUGGCUGAAGAACUUAAUCAUAAAUUAAAAAAAGUUAUAUAAUAAAAGGAAGAGAAUUUAUCUUAAGAUUAAUUGUAAUCAAAUGAAAGAGAAUCUACAGAUUAUUAUUAUAAGAGAUGGAUUUGGAUAUAAUUUCCUUGGGCUUGUAUGAGUAUUGAUAAGAAUUGUGAUUACUCUACUGUUAUUAAAUAAUGUUUCUCUUCUGCAACAGAUUAUAUGAGUGUUGAAGAUGAGAAUGCAUUUACAGAAUCAGCACUUAAAAUUGCAUUUGAAGCCAAAAGAAAAAGGAAAGAGAUGUAUGAAUAAAAUUAGGAAUAAGAAACUAGAUUGUAACUUAUUCCCUAAAUUCCUGUGUUAUAAUAAAAGGGAUAAGAGGAAGUUUUGAAAAAAUAAAAAAGAGAAUAAAUUGAAUUUAAUACUAUUUCAAGUUCAAGAUACCUUAGAUCAUCUGCUGUUAUAUUACCUUAAUUGUCUAAUAGGAGUGCUGUGAUGACAUAGGAAGAUGUAUCAUAAGAUAAUUAAAAAAGUCAUUUGAUGUUUAUUACUUAAGAUUUUACAGAUUCAAAUUAUCUUAAUGAAGAAUCAAAGAAAAUUAAAUUAGUUUAAUCUGUUGUACCUAAUGAUGGAUAAUAAACAUUGCAUUUACUUGAUUAACUAAAGAAAUAAAAGAAUAAGAUGAGAUAAUUUGCUUCAAAUUCUGUUUCUCAUGAUUCUUAUAAAAUUACUGAAAUAUUUCCUAUUGUUAAGGGAAACAUUUAAUAACAUUCAGCAUCUCAAUAAAACUUACUUUAAAAUCAAGCAAGAAUGAUGAGAUAAAAAUUGGAUUAAAUAAUUUAUGAGAAUUUAUAAUUGGCUCAAACAUAUAAAAUGUUAAAGAUAAUGGAUUUUAAUAAAGGUUAUUUAAAAAAAGAAAUUAAUAAUUUAGAAGGGAUGAAAUAAUAAUUAAAAGAUCUUAAAUAAUAAAUAGAGAAAGCAGAAAAAGAAUUAAAGAAAUCAUGUAAGACAAAAAUAAGAGUUAAAAAGAUAUUGAAAAUAUGUAGAGAUAAUAAAUAAUAAAAUGAAGAGUAUAUUAGAUAUUUAAAUUAUUUAACAAGAAAUUUUGCUAAAUUAAUUAAAUUUGAAGAAUUAGAAAUUAAAAAAAAUUAAGAUAAUAUUUAAUUAGCAAAACGAUAAUUUGAUGAAUUUUUAAUAGUUUAUCGUUAAAAGAGAUAACAUUAAAUGACAUUAUUACUUUAAAUUAGAAAUAGUUUAAAAGAAAAAUAACAUUUAGAUAGAAUAUUUUAAAUAAGUGAUUUGUAAAUUGCUGAAAAAGCUAGUGCUUCAGUUUAAAAAUUGAGAAAAAGAUUAAAUAAAAAAGAAGAUGAUACAAAGAAUAAAAAAAAUAAAGAAUCUUAAGAAAAAGAAAUCAAAUUAUAAAAAUAAAAAUUUAUGAAUUUAGAACAAUAAUAUUAAAAGAUUAAAGGAGUAUUUGAUAUUAAAAAUUAUGAUUAUAAUAUGAAGAAGGAAUUUAUAGAUUUUAUGGCAUAAAAAGAAAGAAAAAGUGAAUAUGAAAUCAAAUUAUCAGAGUGUAGAUAAAAAUUAAGUGAAGUUUUGGAUUUAAAUACAAAAUUAAAUGAAUAAGCUAAAACAUAUGAGAAUGCUUACUCAUCUCUUAAUAUUAAUUAAAAGGAAAUUAAAAAAGAUGGUAUAGUAUAUAUCUUAUAUCAAUAGAGCAAACUUAAGAGAAAAAGGAAGUUACCAAUAUUUAGAUACAAGAGUUAUAACUUAAGAAACUUAUGGUUUUAUAGGCUCGAUUAACUAGUUCAUUAGAAUUAAUUGGAAAGAAGUGUGGAAUUUAAGAUGAAGAUGAAGUAAUUUAAAUUUAUAUUAUUAAAAGAUUUCUAAAAUUUUAGAUUAAAGAAAAUAACUCAUUAUAAAAAAUGAAGGAUAGACAGAUUAUUAAAAGAUAUUACAAUAAUAAUAUGAAAUUGAAUCCCUGUUAAAAUAAUAGGCACCAUUUUAUUUUCCAAAAAGAUAUCUUAAUAAUAAUAAUAGUAGUAAUAUCAGUGAAAAUUGA